GAAACAGUGAAUAUGUUUUACCACAAUAGAUACGGAAGUUACAUUUUUAAAAUACGAGUUAUGUUGUGACCUAUAAAAUAUGAAAAAGAGGAUUAUUUACGUUUUUGUAUUCAUACUAUUAAUGGGUUAUAAAUUCAUUUAAUAUCAACUGAUGUACAACGAAACAGAAGCAAGUUGAAAUAAAAAUUACAUGGGAGAUCUACAAUUUUACACGUUUCGCGAAAGAAGAAGUUUUCAUCUUUAGAAUUAAUGGUAUUUUUUUAUUUUCUAUUGCAACCAAUCUAGAUGAAGCAAUGAUUGACUUGGAACAUUCACGUGCAAUCAACUGGGUAUAAAAUAUAUGGAAUAUGUCUAUUUGGUCUUUUAACGACUUAACCAAACGACCGUGCAUUAGAAUGGCUCGAGAACAAAGACUUAUUAGUAUUUUCGUAUUGAUUUUAAGCAUCCACAGCGAAAUUUUGGCAAAACCCUUGUUAGAUGAUAGUCACAUCAAUGAAUACAUCAAUUCUAGAAAACUUCGUGAAGAUGGAUUUAAGGAAUUUGAAUUGACUUCAGUCCAAGAGAUAACAAGUUCACAUCAGCAGAGUCUUGAUGCGUCAUCAAUCCAUCGGCGAAGACGAUCAAUAGAUUCUACAGAAUCGUAUGCUAUUGAAAUAUCUGCCUUUGGGGAAUCUUACAAAAUGAAUCUUCAACAUACCACAUCGGUUCUUCACCCUUCAGCUAAAGUGUCCGUAAUAACUGACGAAGAAGAAACAAAAUGGAUGGGAGACCAUCCGGAUUGUUUUCUGAUUGGAAAUGUCCAUUCUCAUGAUGGAACUGUCUCGGCAUCAUUUUGCGAAGAAUUGCAAGGAAUGAUGUCAACUAGCGACCACGAGCUUCACUUUGAAGUUUUACCACACCAUAUUCGAAAACGUAGUAUAUAUAAAAAUAAACAGCAUACGACACUGAUAGCAAGAAAACGACGAGAAUAUUUAUCGUUCUCCGAUCUAAGCCAAAAGAAAGAUUACAUUCUUAUUAAUCAAACUGAACCCGACAACAUAAGAAUACAUAAACGAGCGGUACCUUCUUCGGACUUCACAAUAGAAUUGGCGGUGUAUGUUGAUGCUGACUUCUUGACUUAUAAAUUACCAGCUACUGACAUGACACGAAGAGUUGAAACCAUGCUUUUCAAAUAUAAUGCAGUGCAGUAUGAAUGGAGUCGUGCUGAUAUGUUAAAUUAUAACGUCACCCUAUCAAUCAAACUUUUGACGUUUUUUGAUACAAACCCGUCCUGGUACAACGCUUCCACCUCUCUCUCCAUUCCAUUGAACACUAUUUGUGAGGGAACUCAAACCUUAGAUUACGAUCAUGUACAUGUUCAUACAGGCAUACCUAAUCCAGAACUGGGAGGAUUAGCUUACCAAAAUGCAGUUUGCAAUACUAGGUACAGGUGUGGUGUUUCUGCAGAUGGGAUAACAAAAUAUGUCGCAACAGUCCAUGAAAUAGGACAUAACAUGGGUAUGUAUCAUGACGCCGAUAGAAGUUGUUUAUCUCCAAACGUUGGUGUUAUGGGUGGUGCUGGCGUCGGAUGGAGUACAUGCAGUUGCGAUGAUAUGAACACUAGAUUACAGACAGGCAAUCAUGGAUGUCUAUGGACAGAAAAUAUUGCUGAUAAUGAAGUUACGCCAGCAUCUUUACAGGGAUUAACAUUAGUGCCAGAACUUCCAGGUCAGAUGAAGACAGCAGAUGAAAUAUGUGAACAGAUAUACGGAAGUGGAUUCAGAUACCGUCAAUAUCCUGAUGUUGUGGGCCCAGUUUGUAACAUAUAUAGCUGUGUCGAUCAUAACGUUGGCAAUACACAUGGUCAGAUGUUCAAACAGUCUGAUACUGUCACCGGUCUAUACUGUGAAGAUCAAAAGAUCUGCUUUGGCGGUACAUGUGUUGAUUGGUCUGAGGCUCAGUUAAUUAAUCCUGAAGUACGAGCUGGAGGGUGGUCAGAUUGGGGAACCUGGACAACCUGUUCCCGCACGUGUGGACGAGGAAUGAUUUACAGACGGAGAAUAUGUAAUAACCCAACUCCAAAGAACAGUGCAAAUUGCGAUGGAAAUGAAUACGAAGCUAACGGCUGCAGUCUUGAGCCAUGUGUUGGGGACAGUGAGACAGAUUCUACUCUUAUAAUUCAAAGAGCAAACGAGACAUGCCAAAGACUGAUUGAUAACAACAUUAUAAAUGGAACAGAAUAUACAGCUUCCGGAUCUAUUUACUCAUCAUUAAACCAUGGUGUAUGUGAAGUUCUUUGUGAAUCAGCUCCGGGGUAUACCAGACCUUCUUUUACAAGAUUUGGAUUGAUAGAAAACGGUACGCCGUGUCCAGGAACCUUGGAUACAGCUGAUGCAGACCUAUAUCCUCGACGCCCAGGGUUUUAUUCUGCUUGCUUAGAAGGGUAUUGUCAGAGAUUCGACUGUGACAGUACUCUGAAUGCUGGAGUAUUUGAUGGAUGCGGCGUGUGUAAUGGUGAUAAUAGUACAUGUAUUAUCCAAGAGGGAUAUUUUACUGAUGAUGUAGCUCAAUGGCAACGAAAAGAGUGGACACAAAUUCCAGUUGGUGCAUAUAACAUAGAAAUAUCAUUUGUGUGGAAUGAUAUGAAGAAAUAUUACACAGAAAUAUUUACUGAAGAUGGGAAUGCAAUCAUAACGAGUAGCAUAGCCGGUGAUAGCAGAGUAUUUCAAACAGGAGAUAGUCCGAUCAAUUCUAGUGGAACUUUAUGGCAUAAUGAUGCUAAUGUUGCGAUUAUGCAUGCAAAAGGACCUUUGACCAAUCCGGUGAUCGUGAAGGUGUAUAGUUUUGCAUCGAACAGUAAUACUGGAAUGAAGUAUGUUUAUUCUCUGCCAAUCGACACUACAACAGACAAUAUGUCAACUGACAAAAUGACAACAUCAGAUAUAACAGGUGCCCCAGCCACCAACAAAAUCCUCAAAACAACUGAAGCAACAACUGUUGGUAUCACAACAAAUGAUGGGACAACUUUAACACAAGCCCAUAUGACAUAUGUCACAGAUACCAUUGAAACAACAACUGUGGAAAAGACAACUGUUUUGACAACUGUAAAAGCAACAAAUACAAACACAACAAUACCAACGACAACAGCAAUAUCUUAUGAAUUAUUCCUGUAUAUAUUAUGUGGAUGUAUUGGUACAGUAGUACUGAUUACAUUCAUAGCAGUUCUUUUAGUAAUAAUAAACAGGAAGAAAAUUAAGAAAAAUACUGUCAGGACCAUCUUCAUCAAAAGUAAGGCUAAGCCCAAGAAUAAGACCGAUCGGUUAUUCAUAAAAAGAAGAAAAUAACUAAACGCACAUGUUUGCAACAGGUUUUUUAUGCAUGUAACACUAUUAUUUUAAUUCUACGUGAUUUGCUAACUGAAAGUCGAUUGCUUACUAGCACUAUUAUUAACUUACAUAUAAUAUUCUCAUAAACAGGACUAUAAAGUCUAAUCUUAACAAAUAGAAAGGCGUUCUAUACAAGAUAUAGUGUUAUUUCCAUUUAAAUGAAUUAAUUAUUGUUAAGUUUGAAUGUUAUGUAUUUUAGCUGAAUUCUUCUCACCAUGAAUGUAAUUUUACUAUUGUUUUUUUUUAAUAAAGAUGUUUAUGAAUUUUGUUAUAUCUUUAUAUCUUGAUAUGUUGCUUAUGUCUUGAUUACAAUACAUUUCCCUUUUCACGUAUGUGACCUACCGAAUUAGACUUUUUACCGGACUUGUAAUAAUAUAA